UUUUCUGUUGAAUUUCUCGUCGAGUGCACGCAUGCGCAGCGGAAUAUGAAACUACAUCACGUAGCUGUAACUACUAUUUUGUAAUCGACUGGGAACAAAAGAACUUUUGGGAAACGGGAACGGAAGAAAACAAACAGUCUUGGAGCAUGAGUCAUGGCAGUCAACGAUUGUUUGGCCAUCAAACGCUUUUGUGCGUCUUUUUGGCCUGUGGAAUUGCAACACAAAGUGGCAGCACUGAUGCUCAACAUCUGAUCGCGUAUAUCUCGCAACACGGUCUGCAUGGCGAGAUCACCUUCAGACAGAGCGAGCCAAAUCUGGUGGAGAUCCAAUCGAAUUUGGAGGCCACGUUGCAGUAUCCGGAUCAAGUGUGGAGCUGGGUAGUACGUCGUUUUCCAGUAGACUACACAAACACCGAUCCCGAUGAGCGCUGUGAGCUGGAUAGACUGGGCAGUCAAGUGCUCAGCUUUGACGAGGAGCUUGAAUAUUUGGUGUUGCCAGGCAAUGAGACGUCGACGUGGCAACAUCGCAUACAACUAAUUGGUGAUCGUGGCAUCUGGGGAAAGUCGUUGGUGCUCACCGAGAUGAAUUCAAAUGCUCGCAUUUGUGCUACAAUAACCACAGUACAAAACUCCAUGGAGCACAUGGCCGAGGCACGUUUCAAUACUCCAAUUGCUGGCUCUGUGCACUUCCGUUGGCUAGCACCCAUGGAUGGCGCCGCUGGAGAUACGUUGAUUUACUCCGAUCUGUUUCACAUUCAGGAGCAACCCGUAGAUAGUCAGCAGUUUACACAGCACCAUUGGAAAAUAUUUGUAACUGACAUUUUCAAGCAUGAUCAUCAUCGUAGCGAAGAUAACUGCAACUUUCUGCAGCUGGUCUUCGAUCCGCAGGGCGGUGGACCCGGUCAAGGCAUCGGUGACUUGGAUACGCGACUGGGUCGCAUUGGUGUGGCCAAGAAUGCGCUGCGCAAGCCGCAAAGAAGUGUUUUCCGGGACACAAAGCUGGCGCUGUUGCCCUCAGAUCUCACCAUUCCACAUCGCACGCUCUACUUGGUGCUAUAUGAUAACCAACAUCCUGAUAAUUACUUGGCAUGCACACAGAUAAGACAUGUCCAAGCAUUGAGCUACAAAUCAUUUAUCAAUUCGGGUGGCGUUAAAGGCGAGGUUACCUUCACACAACGCUCCAAGUUUGAUCCCACUUUCCUCAACUUCACCCUUUCCACACCUGCUGCCCACCGAGUGAGUCGCAAGUUUGCCGAGGAUGUUGCCGCCUUUCGCAUUCACAGUCUGCCGCCAACGCCACAGCGCAUUGGGCAAUCGGAUUACUGCCAGACUACAGGUGAACUGUACAAUCCUCGAGAGAUGGAGCAGCAACAUGUGCCACCGCCUGGCUAUGGCACCCAGGAACAAUACGCAUUGGGUGACCUUAGUGGGAAGCUGCAGGGUCGCAAUAAACAGUACUUUCAUCAGUAUGUGCUGCCUGGCACCAGCUCGGAGCUGAGUGGUCUCUACUGGGACCUUUAUCUUCCGCUGCGUGGUCGUCACAGCAUCGCCCACCGCAGUUUAGUCAUCUACACCUACAAUCGCACUGAACCGCAAAAUAUAACGAUGAACAUUUGGGGCUGCUCCACAUUGAAUCAAUACCAACGCAAUGGCGUAUCUCAGCAGCCCAUGUUCACAGCACAGGUGCUCUUCCGCUAUCCAGUUGUGGGUCGUGUCAUCUUUCGACAGGCCGCAGAGCAACCCUGGCAGGACACCACUGUGCUCUUCGAGUAUCUAAUCCAAGCUGAUGGCUCCACUCAGAAUAGCACCUUUGAUCAUCGCUGGGCUAUUCACAGCAAUCCACCAGGCAAGGAUUUCUACGACUGGCAACAGCGUUGCAUAUCGGCUGGAAACGUUUUCAAUCCGUACAAGGUAGACUGGGGCAAUCGCAGUGCCGAUGACUUUUGUCAGCCACAAUUGCCGGCCAUGUGUCGCCUGGGUGCCCUCGAUACACGUCUGGGCAAGCUGACUAUAGCUGGUGGCAUUCGACAGGCCAGACAGCUAAGUCGUCGCAUGUUUAGCGAUGGCAAUCUGCCCUUGUCCGGUGCCCAUAGCAUACUGGGCAAGUCCUUGGUCAUCUACGAUGACAAUGGUCCCAAGGCGAGGGGCGAACGUUUGGCAUGUUCCAGUUUAAUUGGCCAUUAUCGUCGCAAGGUGGUUGCCAAGGAUUGGUAUGCCAAUGGCGAUGAGUUGACAGUCGGUGGCAAGAUGGAGAUUACCCAACAAUCAGAGUACGACAUCAGCAACAUUGAAGUGCAGUUAAAAGGACUGCAAGACAAUGGCGCGUAUCAGAUACAUAUGACACCAGUGGAGGCGAAUUUAGCAUUUCCCUGCGAAGCGUCCACUUUGUACGGCACUUGGAAUCCCUUUGACGUUAAUCCCAAGUCUGCUCCACCGCCAAAGCAAGGCACCAGCGAUCAGUAUGAAAUGGGUGAUCUGAGUGGCAAAUUCGGACGUCUAAAUGGAUUGACUCAGUAUGAGGAUGCCUACAAUGACACAAACUUGCCACUCUUUGGCUACAGCAGCAUCAUUGGGCGCUCGGUCAUUAUCAAGAAGCAGCAGAAAAAUGCGCGUUGGGCUUGCAGCACUUUGGAGAGAGGCUAUAGUCCAAGUGAAGCGCGAGAAUUGCGUGGCAUUGCUUCGUUUCAUCAUCCGACUGGUUAUGCAUAUGGCUACAUCAAGAUGACGCAGCUGAUCCACAACGAUGGCAGCCAGUCCGAGACAGUCAUUGAGGUGAAGCUACGUCAUCCAGGCAAGAAUGAUCGCAACUCAACGCGCAACCACAACUGGCAAAUCUUCGUGAAUCCCGUUGGAGUGGAUGCCGCUGUCAAGCCAACAGUUACCCGCUGCGUAGCUGGAGGCUAUGUCUGGAAUCCAUAUUACACUCAGCUCGCAGAUCCCUUGAAUUUGGACUUGUAUGAACAGGAAUGCGGACCGGAUAAUCCACUUCGAUGCUAUGUUGGCGAUGUGGGAGCACGUUUGGGCACAAUAAAUCUGGGUGGCGAACGAAUUGUUCUCACAGAUUCCAACUUUCCACUGGAGGCACCCGUUGGUGCUAUUGGACGGUCCAUCGUUAUCUUUGGACCCGAGCAUUCGCAUGAACGCUUCGCUUGCGCCAACAUUGAACCCGAUCACAAUGUGAUCAAGUACAUCAAUUUGCAAAAGCCGCCACGUUUUGUUGUUGCACAAUUUCUGGAGGAGCUGCGUUCUGUGAUGGGUAUUCCGGAAUGGAUGUUGGACGUGGAUGCCCGUAAGACCAAAGAGUUGCAUGGCGGUGCCUGCAUUCAGAUGAUUGUUCACUUCAAGGGACCCAUUGCCCAUCGUCUGGAGUUGGACAUGUCGCGCCUGAUAGCAGCUGGUCGCCUCGAUGCGCCAAGUCUCUACAUACCCGGCUAUGUGAACACUAAACGCAAGGCAACCAUAUCAUAUCGCACUUGCGGUGUGAGAGAUACCAAUGAAAAGCGUACCAAGAUCUUCAAGGGUAGUUUUUCAAGCAGUCUAGCCCCAAGCCAGCCAAAAUCUUAUGUAUUAACUGUGACAGUCAUUGGUUUAUUUUUUAGCAUUUUCCUGUAAUAAAUUAUAAAUGAUCUUAUUCCAUAAAUACUCUUGUACUUGUAUAUAAAACUAUAUAUGUAUGUAAAUUACUUAAUAUAACUAAAAACACUGAAUAAAUAUUU